AUGGACAUCGAGUUAAAGGCAGGCUGCGAACUGCGGAUAGAAAUACCCCCGAACUCAAAGGCAAAGUUCGUCCUCGCAGAAAGUACAGCGGAAAUAUCCGGGCAGGAACUCCUCCUGGGAAAGUGGUACACCGUUAAGGAGGAGCAGUUCUUCAUCUUCACGUAUACGGGGUGCAGGAUAAAGCUCGCAGCGAGUGAUGCUUUCUACUAUAUCUCGCAGGAGACGAAUAUCCCGUACAUUUUCAACGUAUUUCACUACCUGCACAAACACAGAAAAAUGCAUCUUCUCGUGAUAGGGGGAGGAAGAUCAACGUGUGCGAAUAUACUGACAAACUACUUCGUGCGGAAGGGGGAGAAGGUCCUGUACACGGACUUAGACGUCCACAGUGGGACCCUCCUUUUCCCAGGGAAUGUCGCAAGUGCGUGCAUAUCCGACCCGUUUAGCCCGAUUGAAAGGGCUUCUAUCAGCGAGAAACUCGCAUACUUCACGGGAUCAGCGAGUGCGUGUGAUAACACCGAUCUGUACAACCUCCUGCUCAGGGAACUCCUCAGUGCAGGAAGGGGAAAGACGCUUUCAGGUGCAGCCGUUACGAUUGGGCACAAGGAAAUAGCGAGGAAGGAGGCAGAGGAACUAUUUGCCCUCUGCGGGGCGGACUUCCUCGUCGUGGUUGGGGAUGAGAAGCUGUACAAUCAGCUGGAGAUCGACCAGAAGAUAUACAUCCCAAGAUUCCCCGGGAUCAUCGAGAGAAAUACCGAGCAGAGGAGAAUGCAGAUAUCCGGAAGAAUAAAGGCGUACUUCUACGGGGAGCAGGAGGAGUACAGUCCCUGCACAAUCUCCAUAAAAAUAGCGGAGAGUGAAGAGGCUUCAGAGAGAGGGUACAGGAUCGUGCAGGUGGGAGACGAGUUUAUGGCUCCGAUGUCAGCGCUUCCCCUCGGAUCUGCGAAGAGGAAAGUCUCAACGGCAGUUCUCCCGUGCAGUCCCGUGGAGGGGGCAGUGCUUGCAAUCUCCUCUGCGGGCAGGAUAGAGGAUGUUCCAACUGCGCCUGUGAUGGGGUACCUGACGGUUGUGAAGGUCGUUUCAGAGACGGAGAUAAAGGUGAUAUGCCCGCAGCCAAAGCCCCCGGGGAAGACUUUCCUCAUACAGGGAAAAAUCCGCAUGAUGUGCUAG